CUGUGAUUUGUUUUGUAUACAAUCAAGUGUCAAAAUAAAUUGGUUAUCAGAGAAUGAAUUGAAUAUUUAUUUGUUUACGCGAUAUUAAAACUAAUUAUGAUUUAUUAUAAUGUACAUUUAAAAGAUAAAAUACAUUUACACCAUGGAGUAUAGCUAUGAUAGUGAUUACCAAUGCAAAACUCAACAUUAUUCCUUUUCAAUGUUUUUAAAAAACGUUUUAAAUACCAUUGUUAUUUCUGUUGAUCAAAUCGGAGUCGUACCAUGGUGUCUGAUUUGGUGGUUUAUCUGGUUCUUGGUUCAUACAGUUUACAAGAGGCUAUUCUUAUUGUUACUUAGAAAAAUUUCAAUAAAGGAAGAAGAAAGCAAGGAACUAGUUAAGCUUUACUGGAAUAUUGCUUUUACUUCGAUAACUGUGCCUUUUGCAUUGCAAAAUUUAAAACUGACUUAUUCAGAUGUUUUGAAUAGAUUUUACUAUGUUUUGCAAAACAACAUUUCAACUUGGUUUUCGUCAGAUUUAAUACCCUCUAUCCAUAUAAAAUUAUCUUAUGUCAUUUUAUCUGGAUAUUAUUUAAACAAUGUAUGUGGGAUAUGCAUUGAAAAAGGCCUGUAUAGUUUGGAAUUUAUUUUAAAUGAACUCAUAACUUUGUUUUUCAUAUCAACUUUCCCAUUAAGAUGUGUUCAAUUUGGAGUAGCUGUCACUACUUUAGUUAAUUCUGUAGAUUUCUUUUUAUCUAUUUCCAAGCUGUUUUCUUGUUUUUGUGAUAUAGCUCAGACAAAGUAUCUGAGAUUUUUUAUCUACUUAUUUUUAUUGCUUCAUUCAAUCCUAUGGGCUGCUGUAUAUUUCAAUAUAAUUCCGAGGUAUUUCAUGUUUAUAUCUUUGAAAAAAAUGAGAUAUGAAAGUGACAUGAAGCAUUUCUCUUUUUAUUUGCUUCUAAAUGGAUCUCUUCUAUGUCUCUACGCUUUGAUAUUAGCAAAAUCUACUGUUACUUCAAUGGUAAUUCAUUUUAUUAAAAGCCAGCCAACAUUGAUGCGUACAGCACAUGAAUCUAACGGAAGUGUUCAAGGGAUUGGGACACAAGAUGAAAAAACAGAAAGAAUUAGAGCAGAAAAGAAGAAAGAAAACCUUCAAACGUUAUAUCAAACAGUUAAAUGUGCUAUUCGGAUUAAAAGAAAAUUAACGAGGAUAAGGAGCAGGCUAAAUGAAUCUGGCAGUACUGAAACAAAUGAUACAAACCAUCUAAAUAAUGAUUCUGAUGACUUACCUAGUGAACCUCCACCAAAUCAAGUGGAUAAAAAAGAAGAGACAGAAGAGCUGAUCGAGAGAUAAUUGAAUGUUUGAAAAUAGUUGUAAUAAUUAAACAAUGAUUCUAGUCAUGAAUUUGCUUUAGUAUUUACAUUUUUAAGUAUGUUGCAACUUUUUUUUAUUCUGUGAUUUUUUUAUAAUAAAACAAUUAAUAA